AUGCCCAACAUUUUCAAUCAAGAUUAUUUUUUGAGAUUAUAACCUCAUUAUAAUCAUGUCAAUAAUAAUUACAGGAUCAAUUAGGCGAGUAUAACCAAAAGAUGGUUCUGUGUAUUCCUAUUUGGUGAUACGAAAUACCUCCGAAAACCUUGAACGCGUCGCGUGUCCCACUUCAAUUUCCGACCAAUACAAUCAUUUAGAGCUAUACACCACACUUCUAAUCUACAAUCGCAACCUUUGAUAAAGGGAACAAGGAGGCGAAAACUCAAAGCCACACGCGUAGUCAUGGCGCGAUUGUCGUUACCAACGACAGCUCGCCUAUCUUCAUCCCUAAGAGUCGACCCUGCGAACAACACCGUAAUCAAAGCCCUCAAUCGCCUCUCACGACCAUCCCUCCUAUCCCUUGUCCUAGACUGGUUAGACGAACGAAACCAAUCUCUAUGUCCACCACUUCUCCUCCGACCAGAUGUUCCCGAGGACGAAGACGAAGAUGAUUUCUACCCACCCGUGCACUCGCUCCCCGAACUCCGAGACCUAUACGAGUCCAUGCAAGCGCGCAAAGGCGGUCGUCGCGAGGUAGUCGAUCGUAUCCUCGAGGGAGACUGGCGCUACGGGCUCAGUCUCUACCAGCUCGCCAUGGCCGACCUGCAGUACCUGUACGACCACCCCGGAAGCCUCAAGUGGACCGCAUACCGAAUCCAGCUUCUCAAGACACCCGGCCACGAGGACGACGCCGAAGGGCCGGAGAAGCCCGACAAGGAGUCCCUCGCUGUCCCGCGCUUCCACCCUUCAACCUUCCUACAGAAUCUGCAGGGCGAGGUUCUUCCCGAUGUUAAGGCGCACUAUAACUUCGAUCGCCCGAAGGGCAUGCCACUCCUGCUACUGCGCAUCUUCGUCAUCGACUCCCCAUAUAACACAGACCUAGCUGUAUCCACGCGCCAUCGCGGCCGGCCUAACAGUACAGGCAAUGGCAAUUCCACAACCAGCUUCGAUGCCUCGCGCACGAUAUACGUCGCGUUCCCAGACGCCUCGCCGCAUAUCUACAUUACGAAAUCAGCCUCCGGCGCUAGCGGCGCGGCGGGCUCCGCGGCAGGCGAGGCGAAGAGUCUACGUGCGCUCGUCGUUGAGGGGAUACCGAAGGCUCUGUCUCGGCCGCGCGAGCGCUAUGCCCUGAAGUCGACGAACCUGGCGACGAAGAAUCUAGCCGCGAUGCUGGUGCACAAGGGUGCAGGACGCACGAACGCGGCGGCUGCCGGCUGGGGAGUAUAUGCGGGGACGGCGACGGCAGAUAUCAAAGCAGAUAGCCCGUUGCAGACGCUGCUUCCUACGCCGCCAUUAUCGGAUGCGUCGGGAGUUGAAGUUGAGGAGGAGAGAGGGACGAAACGGAGAAGGGUGGGUGAUUUGAGGGAGGAGGAGGAUGAGAAGCAGGCUAAACGCGCGAGGGUUGCUGCGUUGGCUAGAUUUGGGAAUGCGGCGAGGGUUGAUGAUGGGAAGGGGGUUGAAAGGUUGGAUGUGUUGAUUGAGGAUCCAUUUCCGGCUGAUGUGGUCAGUGAGGAGGAAGAUGAGGGUGAGGAUGAUACGGCGGUGGUCGCGAGACGUAAGGCUAAAGGGAGGCAGAGUAUGCUUGAUAUGAGUAUCUCGCAAGACUUGGAGGAUGGUGAUGAUGGUAGACGCGAAAGAGGAGGCAAGGAAGGUGAUCGAGGCUGGACUCCGCAAGUCAGGAUAUCGCUUCAUGGCUCACAUGUCUUUGCUGGGGUACGCCAAUUGGUCGAAGCGGGCAUCGUGGACGGCGAGAGGAUGCCCGGGUGGUUAACGGGUGAGGAAGGGGUCACAAUUGGUGCCGUACGACACGGUAGGAUAAGAGGCUUUAAAGGAUCCGGGGUAUAAUUAAGUCUCGUGUAUAAUAUCCAUUUGGAGGGUGGUUUCUCAUGGUCAACGAAAGCUAUUAGUGCAAGUAGCAUGCAUGGUGUCCGGCGUUUUCUACAUCACAUGGGGAAGGGGGUAUAGUCGAAUAGGUUUAUAUACCCCAAUCAAGUGUUUGCAAUCAAACUCAUACAAAGGAGAAUGGAAAUUGUUCUUCCAUAGGU